AUGUAUGAUUUUGGAUAUGAUAUUUCUGAUUACUAUACGAUCCAGCCUGAAUACGGAUCUCUGGAAGAUUUUGAACAACUCAUCAGUAAGGCCAGUGUACUAAACAUUGUUCCAAAUCAUACAAGUAAUGAAAGUGAAUGGUUUCUUAAAUCAUCGAGUAAAGACGAGUACUACAGCAAUUGGUAUAUUUGGGAAAAUGCCCACAUAGACGACUAUGGCAGAAAGAGGCCACCGAAUAAUUGGGUAAGCGUGUUCAGGAAAAGCGCCUGGUCCUAUAUGCCUAGCAGAGAUCAAUAUUAUCUUCACCAGUUCAGUCAAUCCGAACCAGAUUUGAAUUACCGAAAUCCCGUAGUUGCAGAAGAAAUGAAAAAUGUCAUAAAAUAUUGGUUAGAGAAGGGCAUCGCUGGAAUGAGAUUUGGUUCCAUUAAUUACCUAUAUGAAACUGAUAAGGAUGUUUUUGGUGGACAUUUUCCUGAUGAACCCCUCACCGGAAAAUCAGGAUUAGGUCCUGAAGAUUACGAUUAUUUAGAUCAUAUUUACACAAAAGAUCAAGAAGAGACGUACGAUAUUGUGUCACAAUUCAGAGAAGUUUUUGAUUCUAUAACUCUAAGGGAUAACUUUACGAGAGUAAUGAUGACGUUAGCGAAUACCGGGAUUAAGAAUGCGGUGCGAUAUUAUGGUGAUAGCAUUCACUCCGGAGCGCACAUUCCUAUUAAUAAUGCUUUAAUAGAUGAAGUAACUAAAGAAUCUGACGCUAGAGAUAUAAAAUACGUCAUAGAUCGGUGGCUUUCGUAUAAACCGUUGGGAAAGCACGCAAACUGGGUGACUGGAAAUCACGACAAAAGCCGUGUAGCGUCACGUUUCAGACCAGAAUUAGUAGACGCCUUUAACAUGCUCGUGUUGUUGCUUCCUGGAAUAGCUUUUACGUAUAUGGGUGAAGAGAUAGGAAUGGUGAACGGUUUUGUGCCAUGGGUUGAAACGAAGGAUCCAUUGGCGUGCAAUACCGACGACCCAGUCAAUUUUAUUGAUGUGUCACGUGACCCAGUCCGCACACCUUUUCAGUGGAGUAAUGGAAAAAACGGAGGAUUUUCAACAGCCGAUAAGACCUGGCUACCUGUUGCUGAUGGCUAUGAAAGUCUGAACUUAGCAAUACAACGCUCCACCGUCCGUUCCCACUAUCAGGUUUAUCGGACCUUAACAAAUCUACGCAAGCGUCCUGCAUUUCGUCUCGGCCGCUAUGAAUCGCUUGCUCUUAACAACGAAGUAUUUGCCUUUAAAAGGUGGUAUAAUGACGAUACAUAUGUUGUUGUUAUGAAUGUGGGAAAAUCUUAUCAAGUUGUUAAUUUAACGGCAUUCGAUUUGAUUUUCGGCCAAUUAGAAGUUGAAGUUAGCAGUGUUCUGUCGUCAAGGACUUACAGCGAUAACGUUUUGGCGAAUUAUUUAGACUUAUCUGCGGACGAGGCCCUGGUGCUACGGAUGCAAGUUUAA